GUCCUCCUCACGCCCACGGCAGCGGCCGCACUGCACCACCAACCAAUCUCCUCGUCUCCCACUCGGCCACAUCACGCGGAACUCCACAAAAAUCUCCACUCCCCACCCGCGCGCGGAGGAGGCAGCAGCCGCACCCGCGCGGCGCCACUGCCCCCCACCGCAACCCAAACUCCCCUCGCCCCUGCUGCCCCUCGCCACGCUCCCCAAACCCCACUCCACUCCCCACGCGCGCCGAGCAGCGGAUUACCCAACAGAGACGCGGUCCCCCAUGGCAUCCGCCGUUUCGCUGCUCCUCCUCUCGUCCCCGCGCUCGCUCCACCGCGCGAGCCCGUCCCACCUCCUCAGCACCCCGCACCGGCGGGUUUCCCUCACCGGCUCCAUCGCGGCCCCCCGCCCCCUCGCCGUCGCGCCGCGCGCCUCCAACAACAACGACAACAGCGGCGCGGUGGAGGCGCCCGACCGCCUCGUGGCCGCGGUCGCCUACCUCUAUCCGUUCCUCGACGGCGCCCACCACGGCCGCUUCCUCCUCGCGCAGUUCCCCUUCUUCAGCGCGCUCCUCCGCCCGCUGGCCCCCGCCGCGCGCCUCUUCCACUCCUCGCCGUUCACGCCUUUCCUCCUCUUCCUCACGCUCUACUUCGCCAUCGUGCGCAACCAGCAGGCAUUCUCCCGCUUCGUCCGCUUCAACGCCAUGCAGGCCGUCGCGCUCGACGUGCUGCUCAUCUUCCCCGACCUGCUCGCGCAGUCCUUCGCGCCCUCCACGGGCGGCGGGGUCGGGUUCGAGAUCUUCCAGAGCAUGGAGAGCACUAUCUUCCUCUUCCUAUUCGUCUGCUUGGUGUACGGAGGUGGCGCGUGCCUGCUCGGGAAGACGCCACGGCUGCCCAUCGUCGCUGAUGCAGCCGAGCGCCAGGUGAUGUGAGUUGCUUCGAAUCUUGCUGGUGAGAAGGGGAAAAGGGGAUCUGGUGUACACAAACAUUUCAACUGUCCAUUGAUGCUUGCGAAUGACAAGUUUAGUAGUAUAGUUUACAGUUGCUGUCCAUAACUCUAGCUACCAAUUUAAUGGAUGCAUUGUGGAAGGUUCAUACAAUGACAUUACAACCCAGUGUAUGGCCAUAUUUGUUGAAUUGGGGAAUUUUGAGAGAGCAAUACAUAUACACUGUUGUACAAUCUGAAUUGCAUUUACAAAUGAGGAAUGAAUGAAUCGGGGAGGUUUCUUGCUACCCUCCCCUAAGCA